CAAAGGAACGCGCGGAAAUACUUUCAAAUAGUGUACUCCGGACGGUUAUUUUGCAAAUUAAACAAUAUAUUAUUAAAUCUUAGUGUUUAUAUUUCAUUUCAGUUAAAUUAAUUUACUUCAAAGUUAUUGUAAAAUUAUAGUUUUAUAAAUUCUUUCAUUGUGUUUGCAUAAUUUUUCAAAAAUUUUACAACUAUCUUCUGAUAUUCAUUUUAUUCAAUUAAAAAAAAUAGAAUGAACAUAAUUUGUACAUAAUUGUGUUAAGAUUUUUCUUCAAGGAUAAAAUCUUUUUUCAUAAAGCAACGAAAGUUGGGGAGCUUCCGUGAAUCUUCACGGCCCUGGUCACGAAUCAGAAGUCGAAGGUCGAGUAGUAUAGUGGUAGAUGGUAACGACGUAAAUCGUGACGCAUAUAGUAACAAUGUAUGUCGAGGGGGAUAUGCUGGUAUGUGCGGAAUCGACGUCGGUAACCAGUACAGGGUGGCUGACUUCGUCGAAGCGACGUUGGGAAGAAUUCACGGGGUGGUUGGUAGUCGCGUGCUCUCAUCGUUAGAGGAAGAUAGCGGGACUGAAAUGGCGCAGGAUAUCCCGAGGACGACGUACUUACCGGAAGUGGAGGAGGAUGCAAGAAAGGAACGAGAACGGCGAACUGUUCAAGAGGGAACUGCUACGUGGAAACGACGAAAGGAGGAGUUGCAACGUCAAAAACACCGAGAACAGCGUGAACUGCAGCAACUUUUGAAAAAUUAUUCGCCUUGGGGUAAGCCAGGUGGUGGUGCUCCUUGUGCUGCAACUCUUAGAAAGAAAAACGUCCCUUUAGAACCUCUGGAACUAUCAAAGUGUCACGAUUUUGGUCAGGGAUGGACCAGUGAUUCGACGAUCGAGAGGUUACACGGAAGGAACGUUAAUCCUUUACCGGUCACGGAUAUGAACAAGUUCUUUGACGAUCGACCAGAAGGUGUCGCCACGGGUAUGCAGCUGGCGAAGAGCUAUUCGAAAAAUCCUUACAACGAGGAAGUUCAAGUGUACGAAUUGACCGGGGGCGUGGAAUUGGUGCCCCUUUUAACCACCAGGCGUUAUUGCUCGCGAUCGAAGGGUGCUCGUCACAUUGCCACCGACGCCACUCGACCUGGAUGCACAAUAGACUCCUUGCGAACGUUAGAAGUUGGAAAUCGCGAGUACAUCGCUGAACUCUGUGAUCAAAUGCGACGAAAAGAGGAGAAGGCAUUGGAGGAGCGAAGGAUGGAGCAGGAAAGUUGUCGCAGACACUUCGAUACUUGGAGAAAGUUGUGGGGCCGACCGGGUCACGGAGCGCCCAUAGAUCACGCCCAUCGUAACAAUCUCUACAACAUUCUCUACCGUCCGGCCAUCUAUUGAAUUUCCACUCGCACACGGAAAAUCAGAACUGAAUUUCCCACUUUCUUCCCGCGCGAUCGAGCAACUCGGGAGAAAUCUCUUUACGUUGGGGAAAAAGAAUUGUUACAGGGCGGACAACUAGGUAUAAAAGAUAAUGCUAGUUUCUCGGGUCUACAAUGGGACGAUAGAAAGAGAUAGAAGGGAGUUUCUCCCUUUAGCUGAAUGGAUUUACCGUGUAUUAUUGUUAAUAUUCGUCUCUUGGCGGUGGAUAGAUAAGUGACAGGAUCGUUACAGGAACAAUUGAAGUUGUUGAGGAUGAAAGAAAUAGGGGAAGAGGGAUACCAUGGAUAACGUAAUGUGUAGAUAAUGACGUGAAGUAGUGUGCAAAUUAAAUUCAUUAAAUUUUAAUAAUUGAAAUUCUAUGGACACGCGUUUAAACAAUUAUGCCAGUUUUCGAGAAACUAAAAUAGAGUACUUGAAUAUUUUAUGUUUACUAGAUAUACUGUUAUAAUUUUUUAAUCUAUAUAUAUAUAUGUAUAUAUAGUUCGAAUUAGAUAGAAUUAUAUUAGAAAUGAAUUAAAGGAUUCGUAAUGAGUACUCUUAACAACUUUUUAUUUUUUAUUAAUCUCGUUCGAUUUUUAUUAUUCGUUAUAUAUAAUUUAUGGAUCUCUUUUGAUCGGAACAGAAUUCGUUAUUUCGUUUAUUUUUCUAACAUAUUCAAAUUAUACGAUAUUAUUUAAGUAAAAAGAAUGCACCACGUAGAAAAAGAAUAUCUAUGUAUAAUACCAAUUCAUCACGAGUCCUGUCUGGAGGGACGAUAAGAGUUUGAAGGAUGAUUUCGUGUAUCCACAGAAAUAUGGAGAGAGAAAUCAGUAGUACGAAUGGCUUUCACGUGGUAAUACACGUCGAAUCGAGUGAGGGAACGCGUCGGGUGAGGUAUUAAAUUUCAUGAAAGCCUAUCAAGGCUGCGAGGUGAUGUUUGAUAAAGUAGAGGCGCGCUACGAUUGACCAGACCUCAAAGGAGUAAUCUCGAAAGAACUACCUACCCUUGGAGAUCGAUGAUUUUUAAAUUUCAUGAACGCCAAAGAACGUGAAUUUAAAUAUGCUCGUAUGUGCGCUUCUCUUACGCGUUUCCCUCGUGCCAGGGGAUAUCGACUUAUAUAGAAAAUAAUCAAAAGAAAAGUAGAACCGUCGAUCCAACACAGGUAUCCUUAAAAUCUUUAUUGGUUACUUCGGUAUCAAAGAGCGAGAACACCAACAGGCGAGCGUGGAAAGAGGAAAGGCGGGGGAGGGGGAGGACGAAAAACAGUUUGCAAUAUCGCAUGCCAUGCUAAGUGGGGCGAAGCGACUGUGCGUUUGAACACGGUAUUCAAACAUCUGCAGUAUUUCAUAAUAUGUAUUUCAAGGAGACAAGUUACGAAUUGAAAGUUAGGCAUCAAAUACCGUCGUUAUUCGAGCCGCGUUGAAAUUCAAUGGAAUUGCGUUUAAAGGAACGAAUGCGAGAUAUAUCUUACAAAUUUCGUUCGUUUCCCUUUCAGGGAGAAAAGACGAGAAGUAAUACCGCGUAAAGUGUUCCUUUCAGAUAUAUCCUGCCAAUUUUGUCCUCGUACUCUUUCGAAUACUUCUUUACACCUCUUGAUACCGUACAAAUCGGAUUUUAUAUCAACGUCGUUUCGAUUAUUUCAAUCAUUCAGGAAUAAUAUUCAUAAGUUAAACGUUUUUUAAAAUAUAAUUUUUGCGUUUGGAAUUUUCCUCGAGUUCAUUAAUAAUUGAAAAUAAUCGAGACGAAUGAUACAAUUAAUACCGUGAAAUUAUUUUCUAUUUAGAAAUUGUCGUUAAUAUAAAAAGCAUCGUCCAAUAAAUAUAAUAAAUAAGAAAUCGAUAAAUCUGAUAAUUUAUAAAUAAAACGAAAAACCUUUCUUAACGAACGUCGAAAUAAAAA